CCGUCCCGUCCGGUCCCGUCCCGUCCCGCGCGUUCUCCGGACUCUCCGGCGCCCGGGAGCCCCCGCGACUGAGGCGGCUGCCGCCCGGCUGUGACAAAGCCCGAGCAACCGCGUGAGUUUGGAUUUUUGGAUCCUCCAUCUCCUAGUUGCUGACAGACGUGAUGUUUUACUGGUUGCUGUCUGUUGUCCGAAGACAAAAAACUAGCAGAAGAUGGCAGAACUGGCCCUCAGUACGAAGCAGUUCAACAGCUGCAGAGGUUCAUUCUGUUGCUCUGCCUGCCCAGGCACAGGUGGUCAUCUGUGGUGGUGGAAUCAUGGGCACAUCUGUGGCCUAUCACCUCUCCAAGAUGGGGUGGAAGGACAUAGUCCUUUUGGAGCAGGGCAGGUUGGCUGCUGGCUCUACAAGGUUCUGUGCUGGCAUCCUAAGUACUGCUAGGCACUUGAGCAUUGAACAGAAGAUGGCAGACUAUUCAAACAAACUCUACCAUCAGUUAGAGCAAGAAACAGGAAUCCAAAUAGGUUAUACAAAAACAGGCUCCAUCUUUCUGGCUCAAACUCAGGACCGGCUGAUCUCCCUGAAGCGUAUCAAUUCAAGACUGAAUGUUAUAGGUAUCCCUUCUGAGAUCAUCUCCCCCAAGAAAGUGGCUGAACUACACCCUCUCCUCAAUGUACAUGACCUAGUGGGGGCCAUGCAUGUUCCCGAAGAUGCAGUGGUAUCCUCUGCUGAUGUGACUCUUGCCCUGGCAAGUGCUGCCUCCCAAAAUGGUGUUCAGAUCUAUGACCAGACAAGUGUCCUUCAUGUAAUGGUUAAAAAAGGUCAAGUUACUGGUGUGGAAACAGACAAAGGACAGAUUGAAUGCCAAUAUUUUGUCAACUGUGCUGGUCAGUGGGCAUACGAGCUGGGUCUGUCCAACGAGGAGCCGGUUAGUAUCCCGUUACAUGCCUGUGAACACUUCUACCUUCUGACUCGCCCCUUGGAGACCCCUCUGCAGAGCAACACACCAACUAUUGUGGAUGCUGAUGGAAGAAUUUAUAUUCGGAACUGGCAAGGUGGCAUCUUGUCUGGUGGUUUUGAGAAGAACCCAAAACCAAUAUUUACCGAGGGCAAGAAUCAACUGGAGAUUCAGAAUCUACAAGAAGACUGGGAUCACUUUGAACCUCUGCUGAGUUCCCUUUUACGUAGGAUGCCAGAACUAGAAACUCUGGAGAUUGUCAAGUUGGUGAACUGCCCUGAGACCUUCACACCAGACAUGAGGUGCAUCAUGGGCGAGUCUCCAGUAGUUCAGGGCUACUUUGUCCUGGCAGGAAUGAACUCUGCUGGCCUUUCAUUUGGUGGAGGAGCUGGAAAGUACCUUGCUGAGUGGAUGGUGCAUGGAUAUCCCUCAGAAAAUGUCUGGGAAUUGGACUUGAAACGUUUUGGAGCCCUCCAGAGUAGCCGCACCUUUCUGCGUCACAGGGUCAUGGAAGUCAUGCCUCUUUUGUAUGAUCUGAAGGUUCCCCGUUGGGAUUUUCAGACUGGGAGGCAGUUGCGCACAUCUCCUCUCUAUGACCGGCUGGAUGCACAAGGAGCCAGGUGGAUGGAGAAACAUGGAUUUGAGAGGCCAAAAUACUUUGUGCCUCCUGACAAGGAUCUCCUGGCAUUGGAACAGAGCAAGACUUUUUAUAAACCAGAUUGGUUUGACAUUGUGGAGUCUGAAGUCAAAUGCUGCAAGGAAGCUGUGUGUGUGAUUGACAUGUCCUCUUUCACAAAGUUUGAAAUCACAUCUACUGGAGACCAGGCAUUAGAAUUUCUCCAGUAUCUCUUCUCCAAUGACAUUGAUGUGCCUGUGGGCCACAUCGUGCAUACCGGCAUGCUCAACGAGGGCGGAGGGUAUGAAAAUGAUUGCAGCAUAGCUCGUCUGAACAAGCGCAGUUUCUUCAUGAUUUCUCCAACUGACCAGCAGGUCCACUGUUGGGCCUGGCUUAAGAAACACAUGCCAGUAGACAGCAACCUGCUUCUGGAGGAUGUCACCUGGAAAUACACAGCCCUCAAUCUGAUUGGUCCUCGAGCUGUGGAUGUGCUCUCUGAGUUGUCUUAUACUCCUAUGACUGCAGACCAUUUUCCAAGCUUGUUUUGUAAGGAAAUGAGUGUGGGAUAUGCAAAUGGGAUCCGAGUAAUGAGCAUGACUCACACAGGAGAGCCAGGAUUCAUGCUUUAUAUCCCUAUAGAGUAUGCUCUGCAUGUAUAUAAUGAAGUGAUGAGUGUUGGACAGAAAUACGGAAUCCGGAAUGCAGGGUAUUACGCUCUUCGUAGUCUCCGAAUUGAGAAGUUUUUUGCCUUUUGGGGUCAGGAUUUAAAUACCCUCACCACACCCCUGGAAUGUGGACGAGAAUCUCGGGUGAAAUUGGAGAAGGGAAUGGACUUCAUUGGUCGGGAUGCCCUGCUACAGCAGAAGCAGCAUGGAGUGUACAAACGCUUCAUUAUGUUCAUCCUGGAUGACCAUGACACAGACCUGGAUCUCUGGCCGUGGUGGGGAGAGCCCAUUUACCGCAACGGGCAGUAUGUCGGCAAGACCACCAGUAGUGCUUAUGGCUACACGUUGGAGCGCCAUGUUUGCCUAGGCUUUGUGCACAACUUUUCUGAGGACACCAGGGAAGAACAGGUCGUGACACCAGAUUUCAUUAACCGUGGGGAGUAUGAGAUUGACAUUGCAGGGCAGCGGUUCCAGGCCAAAGCGAAGCUCUAUCCUGUUGCUUCUCUUUUCACCCAUAAGCGCCGAAAGGAUGAUGUGGAGCUAAGUGACUUACAUGGGAAGUAAUGCCAAGUAGUCUUACCUCCUCCCAUCUCUAAUUGUCUUAGCUUCCUUCCUUCUGAUCCUAUCCCUCUUCUAGUUUAAACUUUGUCUCCUGGAUAUAACUUUAUACUUUCCAACUUCUCUAAUCCUCUUCCCUCGCUCUAGGCUCUUCUUGCCUCUCCACCCAUCUCACACUCCCAUUUUUAUAGGCAGGACUCCACUUAGGGAAAUGGGUUACAAUGAUAGUCUGAAUUUAAAUGCUGUGUUUUGAAUCAAAGGAAGCUGCUGGUAUGCAGGACUCAGGGAGUCCAUACCAUGGAGCUGAGUUUUCUUAAAGUAACUUGUUAAUUUGGUGGGGCACUAGAUGUUUGACACAGUCCUUCCCAGUAGGUUAGAUUGUGCCUUUUAGCCAGUGUGCUGUGGACUGGCACCUUGAUACCUCUAGCAAGAGGAUGACCAUCUACCUCACUAGUGAGAGGCAUCAUGUGGACAAUCACAGGACUAUAGUGGAGAUAAGAAUUAACUUGGCACCAUUCUUGGCCUCCCAACUCAACCAAUUAUCAGACUACCAGGCCAGGCCACUGCCUAUAAUUAUUUUUGUCUCAUCUCUUCAAUGAGGAUAUUGUUUAGCUGAGUAAAACAAGCCAGUGUUUGAAAGAGAAAAACCAUACUGCCUUUAUGUUAUAUUUCCUGACCUCAAAGUACACCAACAAUACUGAGCCAUCUCCUCUUAAAACAGUGCUGCUUUUAGGCUAGUCAAGUUAGUCAAUGCGUCUGAGUAUUAGUUUAGCCUCCUCACUUGCCCCUUCCACCAUAAUAAGCCCACUAGUUUAGUAUAGUUUCUGUCCCUUUAACAGAGAGGGAAGGUGGUACAUGCCAUAAAAGCCAAGUAAGUAAACAUCUCUAGCCAUACAGAGCUCCUAGAAUCACAAUUUCCUUUUCUUCCAAUGCAGAAGAGCUUGACAGAGAUGACCCAUCAGGGUUCUUUGAGAGUUCUACAUGUAGACAUGGAGAGUUUUCUCUUUUUCAAAAAAAAUUUUUUUAUUAGAGACAGAAAUUGAGAUGGAGAGACAUUUUGAGCCCUGUUUCACCACUCAUGAAGCUUUCCCCCUAUAGGUGGAGACCUGGGUCCUUGUGCACUAUGAUGUCAGUGCUUAACUAGGUAUAUGCCACCCAGCUUGCCCCGAGAGUUUUCUCUUAUGUGAACCUAGCAGACUGCUUUCUUUUUUUACUUUCUUUCCUUUUUUUGUCUCUUUUAUUUAAGUAUAGUCUUUUUAAGUUAACUUUAUUUAUUGGAUAUAGACAGCCAGAAAUUGAGAGGAAUGAGGAGAGAGAGGGUGGGUAUAGAUAGCAUAAUGCAUAGAGAUCAUCAUGCUCCUGAAGUCCCAUGUACAGUCCCCUUGUAUCAUUAUAACCCAGAGCUGACCAGUGCUCUGGCUUAAGAAAAAAAAAAAAAAAAGCGGGUGUGUGUGAGAGACACCUGCAGGUGGAGACCAGGGGCUUGAAUCCAGGCCCACCACCACCCAGCCCUCAGACUUGUUCUCUUUAUUUAGCUAUCUCUCCAUAUCAUUAGGAAUAAAGAAGCGACUUGGCCCUUGCAUACUCUUAAGCAAUCUGCUUCCUAUUCCUAGGGUGAAACUUGGAUAUAGAACACUGUGCCCACCCACCCCAAUAUCCAGUUACUCCUUGCAUGUGAAUUGCCUUUUUUUCUUCCUAAGAUACUUUUCAUGUGUGUUCUUAUGAGACAAUUAAGGACUGAUUGCUUAACUUGUAUCAUGAAAUUAACUCUACAAGCUCAACUGAAGCACUGGUGAAUGUAUUGACUGGGAAGAUCUUUAAAUAGAGAAGGCAACAAGGUGGGUAAGUUUGUAAUAAUCACAACUCUGGCUGUUGGGUUUCUAACUCUGGGUUUGGCACAAUUGUGAUGUACAGCUUUAUGUGGUUGACUGUCAAGUGGGUUUCUGUUCUGAAGCUAGAGGACAAUUAUCUUGGUGUUGACUGCAUGUGAUCAACCACAUUAUACAUCCUAAACCUUGUCUCUGAGCUUUGGACAUACUUCUAAUCUGAUAUUUUUUCUUUUGGUCUGGUUAUCUAGGAAGCACUAGCUCUGAUAAGUCUGUAAGCAUAUUAAAGAAGACCCUGUUUUAAUUACAGCAAUUUAAAAUUAUCAGAUGUGUGCUAUUCUAGCAUUUGGCACUUCUGUUUAUACACAUAAUCAGGUUAGUUCCCUAGAUUAUUUAUUGCUGUUUCUUCAGCCAGAUCAUCCCUACUUGAUUAGUGACUUAAGGUCUUUUUUCUUUUACUGGAACACUGCUCAGCUCUGGCUUAUAGUGAUGCAAGGGAUUGAACCUAGAACUUUGGAGCCUCAGGCAUGAGGUCUCUGAAUAACCAUUAUGCUAUCUACCCCCACCUGAGGUUUUUAUUAAGGGAGCAUGUGACUAAGAAAAUUAUGUGUUUUGUCUUACUUGAGAACUACUGCUUUUAGGUGAAGAGCAGUGAACAACAGCUAUGAAGGUUGUGGGGAAGAAACAGGCAUUAAUGAUUAAGGUGGAUGUUACCAGUAGGGAGCUAAUAAAUGACCCGUGAAGUUGGAAAAUAGGAGGUAGUAUUUAAAGUUUCUGUGUUGUGCAACACACUGAAGUCAUCUUUGUAAGUCAAAACUUAUUUGGGUUUUAAUUCAAAAGAAAUUCUUGAUUUACAUGUAAACUGAAUCUUGUCCAAAAAUAGAGACUACUAAGACUAUGACAAGAUGCUCAUCUUAAUCUUUUGAGGCAUCAGUUUAUUGAGUGCUUUGAAAUUUAGCUUAUGGCACUUGAGCCACAUUACUGUCUUACAUUACAACUCACUCUGAGUUGAGUGAGCCACCGGUAACUUCUUGACUUGUGAUGAGGCAGCUAGACUUCAUCUCCGGUGGUUGGUACUCUGAAAUAAUCAGUUGUUCUAGGUCAUGUUCCCCGUGGGUGAGGGCAUCUGUUAGUUGACUCACAGUGUAGCUUGCGUCAGAAAGUGCAGCAAUCUGUGAUAAUAGCACUAGAACAAACUUCCAAUUCUAAAUAAAAUGUGAAAAAGAGUAUGAACUACCUGCUUUGGAUAGACUUUCCAUGUCCUUUCACCUUGUAUUCAGGUAGCACCACACGGACAGAACCUGCUCUAGGAGAGGACACUAAACCACUCCUACUACUGGGUAGGAAUUGUCACGACUAUUCUGAUAACCAGUAUGUCUCUGGUGCUUUUGGGAGCUCCAUGUAUCUCCAGAGAGAGGUGCUGUUCAGGCUAGGACCCAAAGGUCCUGUCAUUUCCACAAGUGGUUUUGGCUUGAGUCCUGGUUGUUUGCUGAUAUUUGAGUGAGUCUUUACCAUCCUUUGAGAACCUGAGACAGAUAAAUCCUAUCAGUAAAACCAUUGCACUCAUUUGUUCUGAAGUGUUACCUUUUCUCUCUGUUGCUUCUUGGCCAGUAUAAUAAGCAAUGAUCCUCAUUAUCUUUACUGAGGUUUGUCAAUAAUACGAAAUACUAAAAAAAAAAAAAACCUGCUUUUACUUUCUAUAUACCCCUCUCCACACAAACUUAGACAUAGUUUUUUAUCACAAUGAUGGUUUUUUCUUCUCAUAAGUGAAAACUAUUGUACGUGUCAUUUACAGGUACAUGGAUUCAGGAGAAGAACAGUUGAGUGGAAGAAACGAUAAAUGAAAAGUGUUUUUGGUAUUACCACUUUCUGUAAGUUGUGAAGGAACUAUGGAUCUGCAGUUAGCACCAGCCCCCACCAUUUCUGACCGCCAAUUUAAGGUGCUAAGUUGUAAGGCUCCUUCAUUACUACACAAAUACACUAUUUUUCUGUAUCUUUGCCAUCACUCUGUCCAUAGUAAAAUACUAUCCUUCUUAGAACAGAGCAUCCUUUGAAUCAAGCAGGAUUCUUAAUGGACCAUUUUAGAUGUACUUAUUUUUAUCCAAUACAAAUUUUGUUUCUCUGGAACAGAAAUUACAAGAGAGGAUAUUUUUAAUACUGUUUCAAAAUAUCUUGCCAGGAUUUCAUUUGCACACCAGGAACUGAAGCUUUGAGGACUUUCUCCAAGCUAAGUUCUAGUGCCUUAUAUUUCAGAAAUGUCAAAUGCAGAGAGGCCAGAACAAAUCAUUUAAGACUAAGGCUUGCCAUCUACCCUAAAUAACCUGCCCUGCUCUGAAGGGAUGGUGUGGGGUAGACACCUUCUUCAGUACCUUUCAGUGAAAGCUUUUUCUAGCAGCAUAGCUAACAUUUUUACUCUGUUCAGUUCUUAGGAUGUAUGAAAAUGCCACUGUAAUUACUGUCAAGUGUAAUAGGCAUUUCUGCUCAGCCCUUGUCUGUCCUGAAGACACCUCAGGCACUUUAGUUAAUGGAAUCUUUUUUUUAAAAGCUAUGGCACCCAGGGUGACCAAACAUUUCUGCACUCCGUGAUCUUAAUGUUGCGCACUGUAUUUCAACCAGAUUUUAAUUUCUCCUGUUAACUAGGUUUGUAAAUGAAUAAACAGACAUGUUAACUUGCCUCUC